AUGAGCCGAAGAGUGGGACUGAAUGCAAACACAUCACAGUUCACAUUGGAGGGAGAGCCUUUCCGCAUCAUUGGGGGUGCUAUACAUUAUUUCCGCAUUCCAAGAGCCUAUUGGAGAGACCGGCUUCUAAAGAUGAAGGCUUGUGGCAUCAACACAGUCACUACGUAUGUGCCAUGGAGUCUACACCAGCCACAGAAAGAAGUCUUCAACUUCCAAACACAACUGGAUUUGGAAGCAUUUUUGAACCUUGCGGCCGAAAUGGGAAUGUGGGUGAUUUUGUGUCCUGGGCCUUACAUUUCAUCUGAACUGGAUCUCGGAGGGCUGCCAAGCUGGCUCCUCAGAGAUGACAAGAUGAAACUCAGAACAACAUAUGCAGGUUUUUCUGAAGCUGUCAAUGUUUUUUUCAACAAACUUAUUCCUAAGUUAGUACCAUUGCAGUUCAAAAAAGGAGGUCCUAUUAUCGCUGUACAGGUUGAAAAUGCAUACGGAUCAUUUGCCAAAGAUGAUAGUUAUUUAAAUUUUAUAAAAGAGGCUUUACAAACUAGAGGAAUAACUGAGCUGCUACUUACAUCAGACUCUUCCAACUCUUUAAAGUUAGGAAGUGUGAAUGGAGGUACAAAAUAAUAAUCAUAAUUCUUUAUUAACGUUCAUAUUAACAUUCUAUUGUGUUUUAUGAUCCUGAUUUUGGUCGUAGCUUUAAAGACGUUAAAGUUACAGAAGCUGAACUGGAGAGACAUUCAGGACUUAACUGCCUUACAGCCCAACAGCCCUACAAUGAUAAUGGACUACUGGACUGGCUGGUAUGAUGCCUGGGGUGAGCUGCAUCAUAUUCUACCACCAGAAGAUAUGGUGUCAACUGUGAGGGAGAUUUUAAGGCGGGGAAUGUCCGUCAGUUUGUAUAUGUUCCAUGGAGGAUCUAGUUUUGGUUUUAUGAGCGGAGCCUUGGCUGAUCCCACUUACCGAGCUCUGGUCCCCAGCUAUGACUAUGACGCUCCAUUGUCUGAAUCUGGGGAGUACACACCAAAGUACCAUCUGCUCAGGGAUCUUCUUUCUCGCUAUAAUGGAGAGCCUUUCCCAGACAUGCCCACCUUACAUUACAGAGAGGCAUAUGAACCUGCCAUUAUGUACCAGCACCUGUCGCUAUGGGAUGCUCUGAGCUUCACUGAAGGGCCGUUCAAGUCACACAAGCCAGUAAGCAUGGAGAACCUCCCAGUGAACAGUGACAGUGGACAGGCGUUUGGCUACACUCUGUAUGAAACCACUAUAACGACUGGGGGAGUACUGAAAUCUGCAGAUAAUGUACGGGACAGGGCCCUGGUAUUUGUGGACAAAAUCUACAUUGGUCUUUUCAAGCGUCAAACUCAGGAGCUAGCAGUUUCUGAUGGGCAGGGCAAAAGAACUCUGAGUUUAUUGGUGGAAAACUGUGGACGCGUUCACAAGGGUAGGGACCUGGAUAAACAACAUAAAGGUCUAGUGGGGGAUAUUUUAUUAAACAAUAUUCCCUUGAGGGACUUCACAAUAUACAGCCUGGAUAUGAAGCCCGCUUUUAUUGAUAGGUUUGGGCAGCGCCAUGGAAAACUCUUUCUAAAAAUCCCAGCUUUCCCGGGAUUUUUCAUGGGGAAACUCUUUGCGUACGGAUAUCCAAGUGACACUUUUGUGAAAUUAACGGGCUGGGAAAAGGGAGUGGUGUUUGUCAAUGGGCUGAAUCUUGGCCGUUAUUGGUCGAUUGGUCCCCAGCAGGCUCUUUAUCUCCCAGGGCCCUUUCUCAACAGCGGAAUCAACCAGGUGAUUGUGUUUGAAGAGCAAGAAAGUGACUACAAGGUGCAGUUUGAGGACACCCCUGAUCUGGGCAUGGCAGCGGAAAUCCAAUGA